AUGCCGAGCAAAGGAAUCAGCGUGUACAGCUAUGUUGGCGUGGAAGGGUACGAGGUGGGCUUCUCGGUCCCCCAGACUCAAGUGCUGCACAACGCGUCGCACAACUUCACGCAGCGCCAUCUGGAGGUGGAAUCGAGGCACGUCGCGGGGCUGGAGAACUUCACGGGCCGGUUCGAAUGGACGGUGUUUCGGUACGGGCAGCCGGUGGCGAGCCACUACAACGAGGUGAACGCCCUGACAGGCAAGAUCGAGGGGGGAACGAUGAUCGCGACGCAGGAUUUCCACCCGGUGGUGACGGAAGACGCGAUCAUCACGUACGGCUUCUACGCCGCGGGCCAUGGGGAGGUCGGCCUCCCCGACCGGCACCAGUGCUACGUGACGAUCUGUUCACGGGCAAACGCAGCGUGGAUGGGCAGCGUGGCGCCGCCCGGGUCGGCGGCGGCGCAGAAGCCGUUCACACGGUUUGUGCUGGCGGCGCCGCACGACAACGGGAUGAACAGCAUGGCGUCGUGCGAUGCGGUGUUCCAGCAUCUGGACACGGACAUGCUCGCCGCGGUGCGCAAGAUGGUGCCGUCGCUGGUGCACAUCAACCAUAUCCCCGACCACUUCCUGAUGAGCAAACUGCCGUACAUCGUGUACGGCCUGUCGAUCACGCAGAAGAAGACCGUCUCGAUCAUGCUGGCCAUGGGGGCGCGGUACUUUGAGUUCCGCCCGGCCAAGCUGCUGCCCAUGUUCCAGCAGGUGUCCGGGCUGCGCGACACGUUCUACUUCCAGCAUGCGUGCAUCCCGGGCCUGGCGUUUGACGAGUUCCUGCGCGAGCAGGUCGCCUUUCUCGACGCCCACCCGACCGAGAUCGUCACCCUCCAUAUCCGCUGGGACAACAUCGUGGCGGAGUGCAAACGCCCGACCGCCGAGGAGCUGUCCAACCUGCUGGGCGAGGCCUGCGGCGAGGCCGUCUCCCACGUUCUCACCUGGGGCUCGCGCGACUGCUUCCAGCAGCCGAUCGACGAGCUGCGCCGCACGGGGACCAGGCUGAUUGUCGUGGUGGAAGCCGAGAAAUACGACAGCUGGACCGCCGAGGCGUAUGCGACCCUCAGCGCGGCCCCGAUCCUCGCCCGCUUCGAGUCCAUGACGACCGAGGGCCAGCUGGCCUCCGACCUCACCGUGCUGCAGUGCCAGGCGACCUCGCAGUCCAUCAAGGAGGUCAUGGUCUACAGUGUGCUCUCGGCGCAUGCGGCCAGCUCGUGUCUGACCUCCACCAAGGGCAAUCUCGACAGGCAGACCCUGCCGUGGAUCAGAGAGCAUGCCUUGGAGCGUCUCCAGGCGGAGAGGAACAUCGUCAUCAUGAACGACUUUAUUGACGGGGCGACCAUUGACACGUCGAUCAUGUUGUCCGGUGCGCGAGUAGCGAGUAAUUAG